AUGGAGAAAUUGAAUCGAAAAUGGAUGUAUGAGAGAUUAGAAGGUCGACUACUAAGAAAGGAGUUCACAAUUGGCGUGCGAGGGUUUAUUGAUUUUGCUAAACAACAUCGUGAUUUUCAAGAAUCUUCCAAGAUCAGAUGCCCUUGUUCAAAGUGUAAAAAUGUUCCUUUUUUAGAUGUUGAAAGUGUAAGACAGCAUUUGUAUAAAAAAGGAUUUCUUAAUGACUACUACGAAUUUGUUUGUCAUGGAGAGGAUUUUGAUUCUUUAAAAGUAUCAGAUGAGCCAUCGGAUCCGUAUGUUGACAUGAUUAUUGAUGCAUUUGGUCAAGUUGAUGGUGAUCCAAUGCAUGAAGAUAUUCGGAAUGUUGAUGAAGAACCUAAUCCUCAAGUUAAGAAGUUUUUUGAGAUGUUAGCGGCCGCACAAAAACCAUUGUAUGAAGGAAGUCGAUUAUCUGUUUUAGAGAUGGCUUCAAGGAUUACGAGCUUGAAGUGUGAAUACAACUUGCCCCAUAGAUGUGUCGAUAGAAUUUCAUCGCUCAUUAGUGAAGUAAUUCCUGAUGAGAAUUCAAUGUCCAAGACGUACUAUGACACUAAAAAAGUGGUAAAGGGCCUUGAACUUCCUCAUGAGAAGAUACAUGCAUGCCCUAAAGGAUGCAUGUUAUUUUGGAAGGAUAAAGCUCACCUUGAAAAGUGUUCGAAAUGCGGGGGGGGGGGGGGGGAGCGUUAUAAGAAGACUUCUCGUGGAAAAUGUGUGCCGGCUAAAGUGUUAUUCUACUUCCCGAUCGCGCCAAGAUUGCAAAGGCUCUAUGCGACCAAAGACCUUGCACAUGAAAUGCAGUGGCAUUCACAAAAUCCUAGGGUAAGUGGAACACUUGCUCAUCCAAGUGAUAGUGAAGCAUGGAAACAUCUUGAUAACACAUACAAGGAUUUUGCAAGUGAGCCUCGUAAUGUUAGAUUGGGUCUAUGCACAGAUGGUUUCUCAGCACAUGGAAAAUUUGGAAGGCAAUAUUCUUGUUGGCCUGUAAUUGUUACCCCAUAUAACUUGCCUCCAUGGCUAUGUAUGAAGAAGCCGUUUAUGUUUUUAUCCUUGCUCAUUCCGGGUCCUAAAAAUCCAAAAGGGAACUUGGAUGUGUACAUGCAACCCUUGAUUGACGAAUUGAAAUCUUUAUGGGAAGUAGGUACAAUGACAUAUGAUGUAUCCACAAAGCAAAAUUUCAAGUUACGAGCUGCCCUUUUAUGGACGGUUAGUGACUUUCCUGCGUUUGGGAUGUUAUCUGGUUAG